AUGGGCGCAAGCAUGGAGACCAAAACCUCGGUCUCUGGAGUGUCCAAGCCUCAUGAUGAAUUAAAUCAUGCCCAGGUCACUUCUGUUCUUCCAGAUGGCGAUGUACCAUAUACAAACUGUGAUAUGGAUGCGGACGAGAGGGUGAUCACAGCUUUGGGUUACAAGCAAGAAUUUAAGCGCGAGUUCUCGCUUUGGACAACCUUUUGCGUCAGCUUUGCUGUUUUGGGCCUGCUCCCAUCAUUUGCAAGUACACUGUAUUAUGGAAUGGGAUAUGCGGGGACAGCUGGAAUGGUCUGGGGUUGGAUCAUUGCCAUGAUAUUUAUUCAAUGUAUUGCCAUGUCUAUGGCAGAACUAUGUUCGGCAAUGCCCACAAGUGGCGGGCUAUACUACGCUGCAGCGGUCCUCGCGCCGCCCGGAUACGGACCGUUCGCUGCUUGGAUAACUGGAUGGUCCAAUUGGAUUGGUCAGAUCACAGCUGCGCCGUCUGUCAAUUACGCCCUCAGCGCGAUGAUAUUAGCAGCCGUCUCCAUCAACAAUCCUGACUACGUUCCAACAACAUGGCAAACAUUUCUCCUCACAACUCUGAUCAUGAUACUGCACGCAGGAAUCAGCAGCAUGCCGACAAAACGCGUGGCGCAAUUCAACUCCUGGGGCUCGACGUUCAACUUCAUCGCACUGAUCACCGUCCUGAUUCUGAUUCCUGCAAACACCAAGAAUACCCCAAAGUUCACACCAAGCAAAGAAGUCUGGAGCCACAUAACCAAUCUUACCGACUUCCCAGACGGCGUCGCCGUCUUAAUGACCUUUGUCGGUGUGAUAUGGACGAUGUCAGGCUACGACUCUCCAUUCCACCUGAGUGAAGAGUGUUCGAACGCAAAUAUCGCAUCGCCACGCGCCAUCGUCCUCACCUCCGGUGUGGGUGGACUAAUGGGCUGGUUCCUGCAGCUGGUAGUUGCCUACACGGUUCUUGACAUUGAGGCCGUAAUCGAUUCCGAACUCGGCCAGCCCUGGGCUUCAUAUUUGCUGCAAGUUAUGCCACUGAAAACAGCCAUGGCUAUUCUGGGACUUACGGUUGUUUGUGGAUUCUCAAUGGGUCAGGGGUGCAUGGUUGCUGCCUCAAGAGUUACGUACGCAUACGCGCGUGACGAUUGCUUCCCUUUGUCCAGGUACUGGAAGCAGGUUAAUUCAUAUACGCAGACCCCUGUCAACGCGGUUAUUUUGAAUGCAGUGCUUGGGAUAUUGAUGUGUCUGCUUAUCCUUGCGGGUGAAGUUGCUAUUGGAGCGCUGUUUUCUAUCGGUGCGAUUGCGCAGUUUUUUGCUUUCGCGAUUCCAAUCACUAUUCGAGUAUUCUUUGUUGGGAAUAGGUUCCGCAAGGGCCCUUGGCAUCUUGGGCCUUUCGGGCCGUAUAUUGGUGGCAUUGGUGUUUCAUUUGUGCUGUUGAUGGUACCAAUUUUGUGCUUGCCCAGUGUCACUGGCGGAAACUUGACUCCGGAUUUGAUGAACUGGACGUGUCUUGUUUGGGGUGCGCCUAUGCUGGCAGUCACAGUGUGGUGGAUUGUUGAUGCGCACCGCUGGUUCACUGGGCCCGUGGUCAAUGUCGAGCAUGCCAUUCAUGCCAUUGAACAGGAGCCCAUCGUCAGUGAAGGAGUCGAGCCUGAGCGGCAAGAAGAGACGAGCUCCCUGCCUCGCAAGUCGGAUGAUCCAGAUAACCCUAUUUAA